AAAAGAAUUUAAAAGUUUAAUAAUUUUUUUCCAAAAUUUCUAUGAAACAUACAACAAAAGCCUUACUGUAACAAAUGAGUUGCGUUGCUAUGUUAUUUCUUUCUAGAGAAGUUAAUAUUUUGUUCGUAUAAAGCAACUUGGUGGUUUAACCUAAAAAAGCUUGUUGUUGUUUUGGUACGUAAAAAUGUUUUCGAUUUGUCGGCAAACUCAUCCUGCUACGGGUAUUGAACAUGCAAUUAGCUGCUGCUUCUUCAACAACGAAGAAAGCUGUUUGGUUACCGCCGGUGCUAAUAUUAUCAAAGUCUUUCGGCUGAUGCCCGAAGGACAUACGAAAGAAGUUAAUGCGGCUGGUCAGCCGAUACCACCAAAGAUGAAAUUGGAAUGUCUUGCAACAUACACAUUGUGGGGAAACGUAAUGUCCAUUGCUUCAGUAAAAUGUGCAAGUGCAGGCCGGGAUCUACUACUAUUAUCAUUCAAGGAGGCCAAGCUAUCAAUAGUGCAGUAUGAUCCACAGAUAAAUAAUUUAGUUACACUCAGUAUGCAUUACUUUGAAGAGGAUGAUAUGAAGGGUGGAUGGACAACUCAUCCACAUAUUCCAUGGAUACGAGUAGACCCUGAAUUCCGAUGUGCUGUGAUGCUAUUGUAUGGCAAGAAGUUAGCUGUGUUGCCAUUUAGAAAAGAUAUAACAUCAGAAGAGGGUGAUCCACUGGAAGCCAAACCUUUGGUUGAUAGUAAGAAGAAUCAACCAAAUCAACAAAUAACAAAGUCACCGACACUAGCUUCAUACGUUAUAGUGCUUAAAGAUCUAGAUGAAAAGAUAGACAAUAUUCUAGAUAUUCAGUUUUUGUAUGGAUAUUAUGAACCUACAUUAUUGUUAUUGUAUGAGCCGGUGAGGACAUUUCCAGGUCGUACAGCAGUGCGCAGUGACACAUGCUGCAUGGCCGGUGUCAGUCUGAACAUGUCUGCUCGUGUUCAUCCUGUCAUCUGGGCAACUGCUGGACUGCCCUUUGAUUGUAUACAAGCUAUUCCAGUACAGAAACCACUCGGUGGUUGUUUGAUAUUGGCUGUGAAUUCAUUGAUAUAUUUGAAUCAAUCGGUGCCACCUUACGGUGUAUCUCUGAACAGUAUUGCAACUCAUACAACUAACUUUCCUCUAAGAAUACAAGAAGGCGUGUGUAUAACACUGGACGGUGCGAGGGUGGCUGCGCUGGGGGAGUCGCGGCUGGCGCUGGCGCUGCGCGGAGGUCAGCUGUACGUACUGACGCUGCUCUCGGACUCAGUGCGCAGCGUCAGGAGCUUCCAUCUCGACAGGGCUGCAGCAUCCGUGCUCACCUCAUGUAUGUGCGUUAUAGAGGAAGACUUUCUCUUUCUCGGUUCUCGAUUGGGUAACUCUUUGCUGUUGCGUGUGACAGAGAGGGAGAAUAGAAUGCUGUUCUCUGUCGACAAACCUUUGGAGGCCACUGUUGAUCUCACUAUGACUGAAAAUGAUAAAGAAACUCCAACAACAAUAACAAAUACAACAACAACAAAUAAAGAACCAAAUCAAAAAGAAGUCCAAGAUCCAGCGGCUAAAAAGCGACGUUUAGAUACAAUUAGUGACUGCCUACCCACUAAUGUUAUAGAGAUUAGUGAUAAAGAUGAAUUAGAAGUGUACGGCUCAGAUAUACGAACGUCAACACAACUCACCAGUUAUGUGUUUGAGGUAUGCGACUCUCUGUUGAACAUCUGUCCUAUCGGUGACAUAUCAAUGGGCGAGCCCCAGCUGGUGGGGGAGGAGGAGAGACGCGAGGGUGCGGAGCUGGAGCUGGUGGCGUGCAGCGGCCGCGGUAAGAACGGCGCGCUCUCCGUACUGCAGCGCUCCGUCAGGCCGCAGCUGGUCACCGCCUUCCAUCUGCCUGGAUGUAUAGAUAUGUGGACAGUGAUAGGUGAGAGUGAAGGUCGUGAGUCAAGAGAUGCUGAAGGUUCACAUGCUUAUUUGAUUCUCACACAAGAAGACUCUAGUAUGAUUCUGCAAACUGGUCAAGAGAUCAACGAGGUGGACAACUCUGGGUUCAUGACGGGCUCGCCCACUGUGUUCGCUGGAAACCUCGGCAACAACAAGUACAUGGUGCAAGUCACCACCACCGCUAUACGACUUAUUAGAAACGGUGUGCAGCUGCAGUCGAUCCAGUUAGAGUGGGCGGCUGUGAGCGCGGCCGCCGCUGACCCCUACGUAUGUGUUCAGUCAGCCUGCGGCCGAGCCACAGUACUCGCGCUCAGGGAGCUUCGCCCCAGAGACCCAAUGUCAGCACGCCUCGCCCCGACCCGGCAAGGAGUGCCGGUCCGCCCGGCGCUGGUCCGCGCUGUGCCCUACAGAGACCUCAGCGGUCUCUUCACCUCCACUGAUACCUUAGAUAAUGUACAAGUAAAAGGUGAAUUCUCAGGUAAAGUGAAAACAGGUAAGAAUGUCAAAGCGGAAGGAUUCAAACCUGGUGCAGUUUACGAACUCAAUGAUGAUGACGAGCUGCUCUAUGGUGGAGAUCAGACGCCCGCGUCUAUGGCCAGCAUAAUGUUAGCUGAACAAAGUAAGAACCCCGGUGUGCCACGUCGUAUCUCGCGCUGGUGGAAACGUCACCUGGCUGAGGUGAAACCCACCUUCUGGCUCUUUGUGGUCAGAGACAACGGCAACUUGGAGAUUUACUCACUGCCGGAGAUGAGACUUAGCUUUCUCGUCAGAGAUGUCUGCGCUGGACACAGGAUUUUAGCUGAUAGUUUAGAAUCAGUUCCAAUUGCGACUAGUUCUGUUGACGAGGAUGAGUUCUCAACAGGCAAUAAGAACGCUGAAGUUGACAAGUUGAAGGAGAUGUUGAUUGUUGGUCUGGGACACAAGGCAACCAGGGUACUGUUGUUACUGCGCAUGGAAGGGGAACCUCUCAUGAUAUACCAGGCAUAUAAAUAUCCACGUGGCAAUUUGAAGAUGCGUUUCUCUCGUAUGAGUGUGUCAUUCCCGUUUGGUUACGAGAGUGGUGUCGUGUCAUGUCCUGAUGAUGGCUAUGAGGCGGCCAUGUUGCGGGACAAUGUACGUCAGCUGCGGUACUUUGGUAAUGUGGGAGGAUACAAUGGUGUAUUCCUUUGUGGUCGUACUCCAUACUUCUUACUACUGACUGGUCGCGGAGAGCUGCGCCUACAUCCACUCGCAGCCUCUGAAGGCUCAGUGCCUACAUUUGCGCCAUUCAAUAACACUAAUUGUCCACAUGGAUUCUUGUAUUUCAAUUCUAAGGGUUCAUUACGCAUUUGUCUAUUGCCAACACAUCUGUCGUACGACGCUCCGUGGGCAGUACGCAAAGUGCCGCUGAGAGCCACACCCCACGCUGUCACCUUCCACGCGGAGUCCCGCACAUACUGCCUCGUCUGCUCCACCUCCUCACCGCAGACAUCAUACUACAGGUUCAAUGGAGAAGAUAAGGAGAAGGCAAAUGAGAAUAAAGGAGAUAGGUUCCCUUAUCCAAUGCAGGAACGUUUCUCUGUGAUGCUGUUCUCUCCUGUAUCUUGGGAGGUGAUACCUAACACAAAGAUAGAGCUGGAAGACUGGGAACAUGUCACAUGUCUGAAGAAUGUCGCACUGUCAUAUGAGGGUACCAGGUCCGGUCUAAGAGGUUAUAUAGCUAUAGGUACUAAUUACAAUUACGGUGAAGAUAUCACAUCCAGAGGCAGGAUAAUAAUCUACGAUAUAAUAGACGUAGUCCCGGAGCCAGGUCAGCCGCUGACCAAGAACAGGUUCAAGGAGAUAUAUGCCAAGGAGCAGAAAGGUCCUGUGACUGCGCUCGCGCAAGUUUUAGGAUAUCUGAUAUCUGCUGUAGGACAGAAGAUCUACAUCUGGCAAUUGAAAGACAACGACUUAGUGGGUGUGGCGUUCAUAGACACUCAGAUCUAUGUGCACCGCCUGCUCGCAGUCAAGAAUCUCAUCCUGGUGGCAGACGUGUACAAGUCGGUGUCGCUACUGCGCUACCAGGAUAAGCACCGCACGCUCUCACUCGUCUCCAGAGAUCUGAGGAGCGCCCAGAUCUACGAGAUGCAGUUCAUGGUGGACAACACGACGCUGGCGUUCCUCGUGAGUGAGGCGGACGGCAACCUCGCCCUCUUCAUGUACCAGCCUCAGGCCAGGGAGAGCUACGGCGGUCAACGUCUGAUCCGCAAAGGGGACUACCAUUUGGGUCAGCAGGUGCACGCCAUGUUCCGUAUAGCAGCUCGUGUACUGCCUGAGACCACACACAGGAGACAUGUCACAAUGUUUACGACGCUAGAUGGCGGUUUAGGUUACGUGUUGCCAGUGUCGGAGAAGGCGUACCGACGUUUGUUGAUGUUGCAAAACGUCAUGAAUAAUUACUGCUGUCACAUCGCCGGUCUCAAUCCUAGAGCCUUUAGGACGUAUAAGAGUUCACGUCGUGCUGUUGGUGGAGGUCCAGCUCGUGGUAUAUUAGAUGGAGACCUCAUCACCUUGUUCACAUCAAUGCCAAGCGCGGAGAGACAUGAUAUUGCAAAGAAGAUCGGUACAAAAGUGGAUGAAGUUAUGUCUGAUCUGUACGAGAUAGACAGACUGACUGCGCAUUUCUAGAUUAUAAGACUUCAUUUGUACAUACAUUAUUAUUUUAAUAAAUACUUA